GAACCAAGCCUCGGGGGUCCGGUUCUAUAUCUUUAUUUUCUCUUUCUCUUCUCUAUCACUCCCUCUGUACGAGGAUUUUGCUCCGAACUGCAUCUGCAGUGCAGGUUCCCGUCUUUUAGGGAAAGGAAAGGCAACACGAUAAAGGCUCCGGAAAAGCUCAGAAAGGAAAAGGGAAGCAAACAAUCCUUUUCUCGUGUUCAAAAGGGAGAGGAUUAAAGAAAAACUACCCACCUUUGUUCGAGCAUUUUUUUUCCCCUCCCACCUUUCGUUUCUCUGGUUUUUCUGCGGAAUUUCGGAUUCAGCGCUUUUGAAAGCGUUUUCUGUCUAUCGGCCUGGGAUCCGAUCAUUACUGUUUCUCUCUCUCUUGUUUAAACGUCGAUUAUACCGCGGGAAAAAUCCAGGGCAAUUUCGGCCGUCAAUCGAUAGGUUUAUAUGCCCAGGUCAAUGCCUCGCCCAUUUGCGAGGAUUAUAGGUGGCGGUGAGCGAGGGCCUGCUGGACCUCGACAGGCGCCAGAAGAACAGCAGCAGCAGCGAACAGGUGGAAUAAGAGGAUGGUUGAGCGGUGGGGGGAGGGGUAAUCAUGGAGCACCAGAGCCACCUACGGCUACGGCAACACUGGGGCAAGAAAUGCGCUCGACAGACUCGAACAUCGUCUCGCCCAUCUCACCGGUAGUGGGUCACCAGCAACAUGCUUUGAUUUCGCCUUCUACCUCACCAUUAUCGAGGAAUAACUCUAUGGGAUAUAAUGCCAUGGAGUUUUACGUCCCUCAACAUUCGGUUCGGGCUCCUAUGCAGCCUAUAAUUGAAAGGCCGGAACCCGCCAUGCAGAGGGAUACUAUUGGGAUGUCUGCCAAUACAGCCGGGCAGCCGGAUGGCAUGCAGGCGCCAUUGAUGAUGAACUUGGAGGCUCAGGGGUUGGUGAAGUCGCGGGGGAGACGGUUUUGGAGGAGGAGGUCGCGGAAGGGGUUGCAGUCAAAGUUAGCUACAGUUCUUGUGUCGGCGCUGUUCCUUGCCGUUACUUUGGCGAUCUGUGAGUAUUCAAUACACGCUAUGAUUUAUAUAUCAGGGGGCUCCUUUCUUCAAUGACUAACGGAACUUGUAAAAGACCUCGGACUCGCCUUGUCCCACGAUCUGCGCCAUGAGUGGCAUGUGCUCUUGAUACUGACCAUCCUUGUUGCGACAAUGUUCUUCUGUCACGCGUUGAUUAGGCUGUGCAUCAUGGCGACAAAUCCUCGACGUUUCCAGCGCCUUUCCCGAAACUUCACCCGCAUCCCGUCCGUCGCCGGGCCAAGUGGAUAUGCAAACCCACGGGAGCCGAUCCGGAUACACACACCACAUGGUGCUGAUUCUACCAAGUCCCCGCCACCAGUUUAUGGGCUUUGGCGGUGCUCGUAUGCUUUCCUUGUUUUUAACCCAGUCUCCGCUCGUAUCCCUCUAACAAUUACAGUGUGAGGGUAAAUCCAGACCAGUUCUUCUGGGUCAGAAGGGCUAAUGCAGGCCUACCAACGACCUCCGGGGGCCGCGGGCAGAGCAGUCGGGACAGCAGGACAGCUCCCCGUCCUCCAUCAUAUGCAUCCGAGGACGGGGUAACGUACGCUCUUGCUCCACACCAAUUACUCCGCGAUCCCCCACGACCCCCACACCCAUCGGAAGUGAAUCGAAUGCCAUGAGCGGUGUUUGGCUAUCAGAUGCACGCUGUCUUCUUUCUUUCCCGCUUUGUACACUCACUUUAUACCCUUGUUUUUUUGUCAAUAUUCUUUUUUUCUGCUUCUGCUUCUACCUAGUAUAUUCGCUCUCUGUGGGGUUGUGGUACGGGUGUUUAUGGGUGUAUGGUUUUUCUUGCCAGGUUUUCAACUGGAGUUUUUCCCGACAUGGAUGUAUGAAGAUGGGAUAUCCGGAGGUGGAGGGGGUUUGCGCGAUUGGAUGGAGGGGAUACCUGCUUCGUUUCUUGCUCACAACCGGAUUGCUUCUUUCGCUAUCUGGUUAGUUUGGUUCCCGCAGGGUAAGGGAAUCGGAAAUUACAUGAUGGGUAUCUAUGAUGUCUGGUUGAGGUCGGGCGGUAUUUUCAGGUUUGGCGUGGUUUGUCUGAUCAUUUAAGCAUAGCACAGCACAGUACUGUGGAGUCGCCAGGUAGCGGCGGGAACAACGCUCCAAAUCAUGAAAUAUCACCCGCUUUCCCGAUAUCACCAUCAAGGUGUGAUGUACAAUAUACGGCGUGACGGGGAGUUGUGCCGUCUCUGACAGUUUUGCCAAAUAUUUCCAUUGGUAUCAUAAUAAUUAUAGUCGCACGGAUGCGGAGAUACCACCCGAGAACCACGGCAUGUAAACAGCUUGCUUGUUGAUGGUUGGUAUGAUAAUUAUGAUAUGGUAGAUAGGCACGAUAGAUUUUCCUGGGGGGGGAUGGCUAAAGUGGCCCACAGAAAUUUCAUACACAGAGGGUGAGGUUUUUGUGGACUGUUUACUUACAUACUUGAAUAAUCCGCUACCGUAUUCCCCCCCUUAUCGUAUUAUAUAUGAAUUAGAAUCGGCCGCGGAUCAUUCUGAAAUGGAGUGUCGAGUGAUAUCGUGUGCGAUCGGGUCAAGCUAUGAUACGGUAAUUAAUAUUAUUAUAGUAGUAACUUUUCUUUUCUUUCAUCCUUCCUUCAUCCUUCCUUCCUUCAACCGGAGCGGUGAGAACCAACCAACCAUAGAACCUUCUUCUCUCUUUUUUUCUUUUUCUUUUCACCUUUAACUCA